AUGAAGCUCGAUUCUCCACCACCUAAAGGCUCGCCUUUCCUCCCGACAGCCCUCGAGGCCUUCCUACUCUCAAUAUAUCCUGCCACCCUCGUUCUCGGAUCACUGUUUAGCACACUGCAUCCGGCAAGCCGACAGGCGACCUACCUCCCAGUCUCGCAGUCCUACGAUCCUCGGAAUGCUCCCAGCUAUUUCGCGAAGAAGAGCAACGUCUUCAACGUCUAUUUCGUCAAGAUUGGCUGGGUUUGGAUCACGGCAGCUUUCUUCCUGCUCAUAUUCUCCCACUCCUCGCUGGGACCACCGCUUCGAUUACAAGCCACUCGCCGACGCGUUCAAGCUUUUCUGCGCUACGCGUGCGUGACUGCGACUUGGUUCUUCGUCACGCAAUGGUUCUUUGGCCCGGCAAUCAUCGAUCGCAGUUUCAGAUGGACGGGCGGCAAGUGCCAGGCAAUCGCUGCCGAUACUGCGGAGGACCUAGCAAACAAGAUGGAGGCAGGUCAGGUCAAAGACGUCUUCACGCACGCCGCGUGUAAGGCUAUUGGUGGACAGUGGAGCGGCGGACAUGAUAUCAGCGGCCACGUCUUCUUGCUCAUCUUGGGCAGUGCAAUGCUUUGGCUGGAACUGCUUCCCGCAGUCAUGCGCAUGGAAGGUCUUAGAGAGGCUCGAAGGAUCUUGACGGCAGAUGGUUUGGUGAGGAAGGCCACGUACGAGGCCGAAGAUCAAUCGACAGAUGCGAACGCGGGAAAAGAGAUAGGCGUCGGAAUCCAGGCGGCGUUGGCGGUCGCAGGCCUGAGUUGGUGGAUGCUGCUUAUGACUGCAGCGUAUUUUCAUACCUGGUUCGAGAAGUUGACUGGCUUGUUGGUUGCUUUUGGUGCGAUCUAUGCUGUUUACUUUCUGCCACGAGCGAUACCUGCGUUCAGGCAGGCAGUGGGUAUGCCUGGGGUAUAG